UCUCUGACGGAGGCAGCCCAGGGCCCACUCAGCUCCCACCAGGAUGUUUACAGGAGAGGGCAGGAUGCAGUCAACCUCAUGGCGCUUCCUGAGAAAUGGGGCCCAGACUCCUGGACGGUUGCCUUCAGAUCCCUCUUCCCUCAGGCACAGGAGACCAGACCCCCCAACUUCCCCAUUCCCUCUAGUCCAGGUGUCCAAGCUCCCAGCUCCCUUUGCCCUCAGACUCAAGAGCUUGGGCAGACUCGCUGCCCCAGGAGAGCUGAGCCCCUUCCACACUGUGUUGAAAAGCCGAGUAGGGGUUCAUACGAGGUGAACCGGGGAGUAGGGCUCAACUCAGUCCCAAGUCAGCCUCUGCCUGCUCCACUGGGCAGAACAAAUCAGGAGUUUAGAGACCUCCAGCUGGACUCCUUUCCCUGUUUUUGGGUGGGGAAGCUGAGGCCUAGGCAGGUGAAGGGUCUCCCUGCCUAUGAGUCAUCCUUACCCCCAGCCUUCAGAUCUGUGCCAGGCAUGGCCAAGCUGCUCCUGUUACACAUUCCCUAUCAGAGGUUUGGAGUGCGUUGAGACCAGGGGACUCCUGACAAGUGCCCGACCCCCAUUUACUCCUCAACCUCCUAGGUCCCCUGGUUGCUAUGUAGGCCUCCCUAACAAUGGGGUUCAGUGAGGCCUUUGGAGCUUCAGAUCCCCCUGCCCCUGGUUGCUAGGGAGAAGAUCCCUAGCAAUGAAGUCUCAGGAAACUUUGGGCUCCCUGGAGCUGCUCCUGGGCCUUGGGUGAUGAAAAGAGGGAGUCUCUGAUGAGGAUUCUGUGCCCACCCUUCAGGUCCCUUACUUGGUAAGGAGAGACCUUGGACCCCCCAACUUUCCACCUAGGUCGCUAAAGAGGUCCUUCUAACACUAGGCACCCACCCCACCACCUGGGGCCCCUUCCACCUAGUUGCUAAGAAAGCAACUCCUUAGCAACCAGGCAUGACCAGGCCAGUGUGACCCCCUUCCCUCUUCCAUAUGGCUAAGGGGACUCCCUGGCAACAGAACUUAGAAUCUGGGGCUGGGCGGGCAGGUGGGCGGGGCUGAGCUGGUUGCUGUGGCAAUGGACUUGGAGGUUUCUGCCCAUAGAGGUCCCAGGGGUCUGGGAGGCGACAUGGUGGGCUCUGGGGUCCCAGCUUUGAGUCUCUUCCUGCUGCUGCAGGGCUCAGUAGACGGGAAUGGAAUCCAAGGGUUCUUCUACCCAUGGAGUUGUGAGGGAGAUGUGUGGGACCGGGAGAGCUGUGGGGGUCAAGCAGCGAUCGAGAAUCCCAAUCUUUGUCUGCGCCUACGAUGCUGCUACCGAGAUGGGGUGUGUUACCACCAGCGGCCGGAUGGUGAGCGAGUGGAAGCCAGUGUCUCUGGGGAGGGGCCAAAGCUGGCAUCUGGGUCUAAAGUUCCAUGUUUUCCAGAGAACAUGCGGCGGAAGCACAUGUGGGCGCUGGGCUGGACGUGCGGAGGCCUUCUCUUCCUCAUCUCCAGCAUCUGCUUGUUCUGGUGGGCCAGGCGCCGGGACAUGCUGCGCCUCCCAGGGUUCCUGCAGGGCAAAUGUAGCCUGCCAAGGACCGUCUCUCUGCUGUCCAAGGACCGGGGGACUGUGAGUGAAAAGAAGUCCGUGGGCAGCAUGCCAACCUCCGUGCCUUUGGAGGGGACCCUGGAUGUCUCAGGGGCUACUGAAGGGGAAGGGACAGAAGGGGGCGAAGAUACGGAAGGGGGGGAUGAGGAAGAUUAGGGGUGCCCC